UGCUAGCCUCGCCUAGCCGGACGGGGGUCUGUGUUUCCGUGCAGGCCGCAGCUCGGAGCUGCUAGCUUUGGCCUGUGUUGUGAGUUGGGUGUAGUUUUGCCCGUGUGGCUGGCGCUUGUGCGUGUGUGCGUCCGUGCUUGCCGUGUUUCAUGUGUUCGUGCGUGCUGUAUGUGCUGCGCUCCGUGAGCUGGCGUGCCAGGCCUACUAUCUAGCCAUGGACGACGGUGCUGGCCCGUCGACGAUGAACGCGGCGGGCACGUCGCGCUGACCGAGCGAAGCGGUCGGCUUUCUGCACCUUUUCGUCGCCGUUAAUCGUCUGCUAAGGGGGAAACCGGGAGGCUGACGCCAUCAUGGGAAGCUGCUUCAGCCGAUCGGCGGGCUCCAAGUCGACGUCCAAGAAGGAGUCCGUGCAGGCACCCGUCGACCGAGGCGACGUCGCGUCGAUCAAUAUCGGCCCGGUGACCACCCACGAACCCGUGUCGGGCCGGCCCGUGCACCACAUCGAACUCGGGGGCGGCGGCGGCGGAGGCGGCGGCGGCAUCGGUCGCAAUGGUCCCACGGUGCCCAUCGCAGUUCAGCCCGAUGUCGAGACGUCGGCGGGGCCCGUCUCGGGUGCCAAGAUAUUCGUCGCGCUCUACGACUACGACGCGCGCACCGACGAGGACCUGAGCUUCAAGAAGGGCGAGCACCUCGAGAUCCUCAACGACACCCAGGGUGACUGGUGGUUCGCCCGCUCCAAGUCGACCAAGCAGGAAGGCUACAUUCCGUCCAACUAUGUGGCCAAGCUCAAGUCCAUCGAAGCCGAACCUUGGUACUUUGGCAAGAUCAAGCGUAUCGAGGCCGAGAAGAAGCUUCUGCUGCCUGAGAACGAGCACGGCGCCUUCCUGGUGCGAGACAGCGAGAGCCGCCGCAAUGACUUCUCUCUUUCGGUUCGGGACGGUGACACGGUGAAGCACUACCGAAUUCGGCAGUUGGAUGAAGGGGGCUUUUUCAUCGCCCGGCGGACAACAUUCCGCACUCUGUUGGAGCUCGUGGACCACUAUGCCAACGAGGCCGAUGGUCUCUGCGUCAACCUGCGCAAGCCCUGUGUUCAGGUGGAGAAGCCGAUGACCAGUGGCCUGUCGCAUUCGACGCGCGACCAAUGGGAGAUUGAACGGAGCUCUCUUAAGUUUGUCCGUAAGCUCGGUCAGGGACAGUUUGGUGAGGUCUGGGAAGGCCUGUGGAACAACACCACGCCUGUUGCCAUCAAGACGCUCAAGCCAGGGACUAUGGACCCGAAGGACUUCCUGGCAGAGGCACAGAUCAUGAAGAAGCUGCGCCACCAGAAGUUGGUGCAGCUGUACGCGGUGUGCACCCUGGAGGAGCCCAUCUACAUCAUCACCGAGCUGAUGAAGCACGGCUCGCUGCUCGAGUUCCUGCAGGGCAAGGGCCGCUCGCUGCAGCUGCCCCAGCUCAUCGACAUGGCCGCGCAGAUCGCGGCCGGCAUGGCUUACCUCGAGGCGCAGAACUACAUCCACCGCGACCUAGCCGCGCGCAACAUCCUCGUCGGGGAUGCCAACGUGGUCAAGAUAGCGGACUUCGGUCUCGCGCGGCUCAUCAAAGAGGAUGAGUACGAGGCACGUGUAGGGGCCCGCUUCCCCAUCAAGUGGACGGCCCCCGAGGCGGCCAACUACUCCAAGUUCUCAAUCAAAUCGGAUGUGUGGUCUUUCGGUAUUCUGCUCACCGAGCUGGUCACCUAUGGACGCAUUCCUUACCCUGGCAUGACCAAUGCCGAGGUUCUUCACCAGGUUGAGCACGGUUACCGGAUGCCCUGCCCUCCGGGCUGUCCUCCAGCACUCUACGAGAUCAUGCUGGAGACGUGGCACAAGGACCCGAUGAAGCGGCCUACUUUUGAGACACUGCAGUGGAAGCUGGAGGACUUCUUUACCAUGGAGGGUUCGGAGUACAAGGAGGCCGCCAUGGCUUACUGACGUUCCGGCGGCGGGCAAUGCUGCCAGCCGCAGGCGGUAUCCACGCCGCCCAUCUACUGAGAGACAUGCUGUAGGCAAAGAGAGAGAAAGGUGCGACAUGCGCGACGCCCAUCGCUGGCCUUGCUGCAACCGUCAUUCCGUUUUCACGAUGCAUCUGGUCAGACUCUUCCACUGUCACCAUACGGUGCUGACAGUGACCCCUGCUGGCUACAUUUGCAGACACGUUCCACCGCUGUAGAUGGCCAUUCGUGGUAAAAUCGUCAUGCCUUGUUCCAACUGCUCCAAGCCACAGGGGCUCCUUAAACAGAAUGGUGUUCUUCAAGUUCCUGCAGUGCCAGCGAGACAGUGGACAAUCGGAUCUGCUUCCAGAUGCAUGCCUGAAGUUUAACUGGAGUAACAGAUGCACCAGUGGGGUUUCUCUGCACUGGAGCCGCUUAUUGCACCCCGAGUUUUGUGGCAAUGGCAAGGCAGUUGGGAGUGACCAUCUUCCUAUGGUUUCUCCAGAUGUCCACAUGUCUGCCAACUGCCUACCCUUUUGUUUGCUUUCGACCAGCCAAGCUUCAUGUCAUCUCCAUGGCCUUGCGUCUGUGCUCAAGGGCAUAUUCUUUACUGCGCUUAUUGCACAAUCACUGCUCUUGUGCCUCUCUAGACUUAGCAAGGAAUUCCCCCUCUUUUUCUUUCUUGGUAUUAUGGCCUUUCAAAGCAUAGUUGUUUUCAACAUGCAACCUUCACAGUCAGUGGUGGCUCUUGCUGCUGAAACCUGGAUGCAGCUGAGCACACAUUGCUAGGAAUUGACAACUUGUUUGUCAGCUCACUACAUCUUCUACAGCAUCAUGGCGUUGCUUAUGACAGUGGGGGGAGCGACAAUCUUCCCGAGCUAUUUGCGUUACUUAUUUUUAUAGACCUUUAAUUGGCUUAGGGAUAACAUACGAUUAUGAUAUGGGCACAGCGUGUUGUGUUGCCCCUUUAGAUUUUAUACAGUCAGAUAAGAAAAGCAAGUGCAAAUAUCUUAUUCUCAAGCAAGAGACUGAACACUUUACACUGGUUCAUCUCAGUCAGGCGUCCUUCUAGACAGUGCUUAAGACCUCUGUGUCAUACUUGGGAAACCAGCCUGUCCCUUUAUGCAUGAUAGACUUUUUGUUCAGUAGUUGUAAGGGGGGACUGGUAUUUUAGCUUUGGCAAGGAAAGUGGGAGUGCAGAUUCAAGCCUUCCCAGUGUCUCCGGUCACGGUCACAGGUUUAUCACCACUCAGUCGGUCAGAUUUCGUUGCAAGCUUAACUUUCCAUGUACCCAGACACAAGCCCGUUCCGAUUUCCAUUGGUGUAGUUUUCUGGCAUAGCAGUGUUCAGAGUAAGUGAACUUUGCUGCACAAAUUUAUAAGCAAGCCAGCUGGCCUUGUGCUCUGAACAACUGCAACCUGCACCAGCCUUGCAUGGUACAGUGAAAGUUGUAUCUAAUGAACACAGAAAUAAUGAAUUAUCAGAUAUAACAAAGGUAAUGUAAAGAACUGCCAAUUUUUUCCACGCCAAUAGUGUAUGCAUAAUGAAUAUCAGAUAUAUUGUGUUGUAUGCGGUUUUGUUAUAAAGAGGUUCAACGGUAAGGUCUUUGAAAAUGUGCAGUGUAGUCACGAGGCACCUGAGCAGUGGUUGAAAUGUUGCAAGUAAUGCGACUGUGCGGCCUAGCUUUUCUCUUCCUCGGCUUCUGUCUCUCUAGAUGCGUCAGUGCAUGGUACGGCCUUCUUCAGUGCUGCCACCAACUCCCCUACUCUAGUCGUCCCCCAGGAAGAGGACGAAAACGAGAGAUAUCUCUCUCAUCCGCCAGCGUCAAAACAGCGGUGAUGUUCCAUGUGUGUUCUGGAGAAUCAGGCUUGGACCCCCCUGACAGCCACGGCUGUGACCUCCAGUUCUGCUGCCGUUGCCAUUCGCUGCCAUACAUUCUUCGGUGAGCCGCGACAAACUGACGUGUGCACGGCCGGCCACUUUCGUCACCUGCGUGCUGAAGUGCACAAACUUGUGCGUGUGUUGUGCGAUCUGAACCAAUGUGAACAUGAGUUGCAAUUGUGUGUGUGUGCAUGCUAGUUGCGUUUAUCGCAUUACUUUUGUGUGCUAGUGCUUUUUAAGUGAUGCCUUAUCUCUUGCAACAGGUCUGCUUGUGUAUUUUGUAUUUUUAUUCUUUUUACAAUAGCAGGCUUUGUGAGGGCCGUCUUUGUUUGAAGAGAUGUGACAGUGGAGCUUAUUUGUUUUGUUGUUCGUUCCUGGACAAAAAUGACUUACAAACUAGGAGUCCCACGGACCAUAGAAGCACAUACCGCUUUUGGCUUAGUCGUGCAUUUUAAAAAAUUUUCUUUACAUUGUGUUGUGGUGUAUCUUUUUUUGUGGGAGAAGAUACUUUGUGAAGACGGUAGCCUACCGUCUAAGCUUACGGCGCCAUCACUUUGCCGUAGGCUCUAUCUAUGUGUGUAGCUGUUUGACUAUUUUUGUAUUCUCUAGGGCUGGUCAUAACGGCAUCGCUGCGUUUCAAUGUGAAGCGCAGUGUGUAAACCGCGCGUUGUGGUCGUACAUAUGCACGACUCGCUUGGUGUCCUAGUUCUGCGGGCGUCUGCACUUGAAGGAAAUUGGACUUCUGCUCGCCCAUGACUUGCCGGACUGCUUAGCAGUGGUGCUGUUGCGUUGAUUCCUUUUUUUUUUGUAACCUUUCUUUUAAGAUACUUAGUGCCUGUCACAGCAGAGGCUCACUACUUGAAACUCAUGGAACGGAAGUGUGUGUUGUGCCCCUUUACAUUCACUCCGAAGGAAGCAGCCAGUGGAACUGCAGGCACCUGACAAGUGCGAUCAUUCAAAGGUAGCGAGUGGUACGUUUGCAUGUGGAACUGGGUUUGUGAAUUUGACAAAACGUACUGCGUUGUUGAGGAAUUCACUUUGCCAUGUCCUCAUGAUCUUGCGCAAUGUGUAUUUGUAAUAUUUGAAGGGACUCUAAAGGAAAAAAGUUAUUGCGUCUGUGUUAGUAAAUUACCAAUACCAAAAAAAAGGCACUCUUGCCGUCUGCAGAGGCUUGGUGAGCCAGAAAAACUGCAUUGCAUAGGUGGUGCCACCACCUUGAAGUUCCCGCACUAGCUCAUUGUGACGUCGUAGAUUUUGAUGAUGGCGUCUGCUCAGGCCUAGUUAAUUGUUUAUCUGCAAAAAUAGAUGUUCUAAAGUAGAUAAAGAUUGCAUGGCGAGUUUCGCGAACUUUUACUGAGCCAACGAGGCCGAAAUAGGAAAAAGUAAUUUCAAAUCCAUGGCCUCACACUGGCACACCAGCGCUAGUGUCUUGGCACGGAAUUCAAGAAAUUGAACUGUUACCUUCCUUUUCUCUUUUAAUAAUCGGCCCAUUAUUGCGAAAUUAACGGAAAUAGAGUUCUUGAAGAAUAUGUUGUCACUCAAAAGUGAUUGAUUUAUUGUUUCUCUUUAGUGACCCUAUAACAAUGACUGCCACUGAGGUAACAUCAGGACACUUUUGUCCGGGAGCAGCUAUGUUAAGGCUGUUCUGCAUGAUCAGGUAUGCUGAUUGAGAUCAUGGUGUUGCUUGCACUUCCAUCGUCUAUUUCCUUUCCAACACAGCCUUCGAUCUCUCAUCAGUGAAAUCAUUCUUAAUUGGUGAACACCAUUUGCAGCUCUCUUUUCAUGGACUGUAUUGUGGUCCUCUCAUUUUACAACUUUCUCACGCCAUGCACCCUGCAUUUCUCAAGACGUCCUCUCACUGAUGCCUGUGUUUGGUGCUCCUCCUAUAUUUUUUUAAACUGUGGAAACCAUCCCGUUCUCCAAAGGUGCGUUCUAAUCGUCGAAGUUGAAGUUCUGCUAAUCAUAGGCAGAGCUGACCAUUCGCAGGGGAAGUGUCCGUAUCUCGUACCAGGUUGCUGGUACUACUACUUUUCUUUUGUCUUUUUGUAGCAUGUUUUUCUCUUAGCAAUUUCAUGGCUCACUGUUCUUUCAAGCAACCAUCAUUUGUUAAUGGUUGCAACAUAAAAACCAUCCUUCGGUUCUCAUCUUUUGAAAGUGUGUCGUGCGAUGUCACGUGUCCGUGGCCGAGAGGUUUCACUUUUACUCCUUGACACUGCCACGGCUUUCUUUCUUUUGAAGCAGCCUGUGAGUCGAGUCAUCUUCAUAAAUGUAGACAGUCUGCUGGAAAACAUGCAUAUCUUCAAGGCAAGCUCUGGCCAUAUCGCUUAAGAAGGGACUGGACAAUGCUUUAGCUUUUUGUACGCAGCAGUCGUCGUAGCCGACUUGCAGCAGCACUGUUGUCUGCUGGCACUUCGAAAUGUGCUGUCCGCAGUGCCAGUCUCUUGUCAGCUGCAUUUGCGUGUAGAAUAUUAGUAUCGUUUUUAUGCAUAUUGCCCAGAAGCCACUUGGACGUCGAACCACAUGUUAGGACAGUGCACUGUGCUGAACUAUUGCACUGUGACUCAGGCCUGUUUGCUUUGAUUCAGUGGACAGCAGUUGCUGCCUAUCUCUUGUUAGCAGGCAGGGAAAUGAGCAUGCUGCGGACUGGUUCAUACAAAUGUGCACAAAACGGGAUGUUUUGCUUUUAUGAGGAAUUUUAUUAACUACAGCCUUCUGUCUUGAGCUGCCAAAUGUGAAAGCCUCCACAAUUGUAUCGCCCACCUGGCAUUGUUGCGAUCCUCAAGCUGCAAAAAUAGCUUUACAAACGUGUUGGGCAUUGCGCAAGUUGCUUUGACCAAGUGUCACCAUUUUGCCAAUGGGGAAAUUUAGUUCCUCGGUUAGCAAUUAAGGGUUAAAUUUAGGAGCCCAGCUAUUAAGAGCGCGUUCCGGCCUAGCAACAUGAACAAAAUAAUAGCCCAAGGCUUUCACUGUAGCAUUUCUUGUUGGCCUAAAUGAAUGAUAACUAUAGGAGCGUUAGAUGGACGAAAGACUGAGAACAAGAAGGCGGAAGCAUUAGUGCUUAGCGUAUAACGUGGGAAAGAGCCCAAAGAACUAGUAAUAAAGCUUAGAAGGAUAGAUUGUUGGGCGAGUUGCUAAUGCAUGAUAAAUAAAGGAGCGCUAGAUAGGUGAAAGACAAAGACCAAGACAACAAAGCACUCAUGUUGACUGCCUUCUUGUUCUUGUCUUUUGUCUGUCUAGUGCUCCUUCAUUUAUCAUGCAUUACUAACUCUCCCAGUAGUCUAUCCCUACCUAAAUGACAAUGGAGCUUUGAAUUUCCAGUUGCGUGGUUUUACUGAGCAUGUGCUAUAAAAACUGAACUUAAUUUCUGCAACUUCGCACAUUGAUCUGUUUAGGAUCUUGUGGAAGCUUGGAUGAGGUAAUGUCAAACCUGCCUACACAAGGUUAAUGAAAUUAAAGAUGGCUAGAACAGUUUUAUCUUGAGGGCAGCCAUUCUCUUGAAUGGCUUGAAGGAGAUGUACAUGAGUAAUCACAAACACAAGCACAACUACCAACUCACUGUUCAAAAGAAUGUCUAGGCAAGUUAGUAUUACUUGCUGUAAUGUCCUUUUGAGGGUACCCAUAUUUUGUGUAGGUAUCAAUAAGAAAGGAUGACUGGAUUUUAAAGCUCAGGUUGAAAAAUAUUGUCCCUGUGCAUAAAACCAGGUCACUUCUGCCAUCUUCUCGCCUGCCAGACAAGUCUUCUUGAAAUAAUAAGGCGGCAGAUGCUGUUCUCAUUUUCACACCUGAAGAAAUGUUUGUUGCCGACGGCCUCUGUGCAAAAAUCUGUGCUGCAUUGAUGCGUGUUCCUUACAAUUUGUCAAGCAGAUCAAACUCUAGAGCACCAUUAAUAGGCCUGCAAGUUUAAUUAUUUCUGGCUGUGCUUGCUGUUCCUCUUGUGAAGAAUGUUUAGAGUGUUUAUCAAACUGGACGUGUCUAUUGUUCUUGUUUGCUUUACAGUAAGAGUUUGUGCGUGUGACCUACAUAGCAAGAAAGAAAGUGAAAGACCAGCCUUGCUUAAAUAAGUAAACAAAGGCUGCAUUGAGAAUUGCAGAGCUGACAGUUGACAGAAGGGGGGAGGGGUGGGGGGUGGAAGGGUUUAACUUUUGUAAUAAAAUUUUGUUUCAGUCUGCAA